CACACAGUAAUGUCAGGCGCUCCGACAUUCAGACAUACGAUUCACGAGCGAAGCACGCGUUGUUUGCCGCGCAAUUCAGUGUUUUGUGCGAACUUAUACCCAGUGUUAGUGAUUGUGCCUGUAUUUCUGGUUUAAACAGAGGUAUCAUGAUAUAAAGAACAUUCGAUAAACACAAAAUACCAAAAUGAAGAGAUUGCAAACUUUUUGUUGUUGUGCGUCCACGCGGACUGGCUCCAUCAUCACAGCAUGUCUUGGAAUAAUCCUGGCAAUAGCUACAAUUAUUAUGAUAUGGGUUCUCGACAGGCAUAAUGUAUCCUACAGGACAUUUAUAUUCGCUGAAGACUUUGACAAGAAACUUGCCGACAUGGACAUUCCAAGGAUAAUAUUAACAAUCAACCUGUGUUUUACCGUCCUCAUCUGUGGCCUUCUAAUCAUAGCAGUUUUAAAGACAUCGUACUCGAGACGAUCCUGGUUAAUGCUACCCUGGGUGGUGUUAGGUAUAGUACUGGCAAUCGGGCUUCUGAUUAGUAUCCUUCAUACCUCUAUCACAUAUUACUUGGAUGAGCAAGACCGGACUAUUCUCGCCACGUUUAUAUUGAUUGGUGGACUAAUAUAUUUAUGCAUAUAUUUGUACCUGUGGGCGAUUGUGUUCAGCCACUACCUAGAUGUUCGCGACGAGGAAGAGCGCGGAAGAUAUAGAAAGGCGCCUUACAAACGAUAAACCAAUUCAUUUUAAUUUAUUUUUGUGACUGACGUAUGCUUAUUUAAUUAACAACUAAGAUAUUGUAUUUAGCAUAUAAUUUAAAACAGCGUUGUUUCAAAUAUGUUUACGUGAAGUUGUAUACACCAAAAAUAAUUUAAAUUAGUUAUUUUUCUUUUCUCACAAAGGUAAAUGCAUGUCUGUGUGAUAAAUACAAAAAGCUCCUAGCAACACGUAAACUUAAACUUAACAUGACUAAAAGAGAUUCCACGUGUAAUGAAAGAAAAUUUGUACACAUUCUUAUUGAAAAAUUGAUCUACUUAUCCAGGAAACUAUUUAAGUCUGGCUUCCAUACGUCAAAACUCGUGACUAGGCCUUCCACAUGGAGUUAACCAAUUGUUUACCUUGUUAGUGACCGUGUGACUCGCGGUUCCAGUUUUAUAUGGAAUACAAAAAUAAAUUCAUAUUCAUUAUACAUUCAAUGCAACUUUUCAAAGCAACACCGUAAUAAAUAGUUACUAUUAUGGAGUACAAACAAAGUGCCUUAAGUUACCUAAUACUGAGUACGACUCUUGUAUGUCAAAAACGUAUUGGAUUUGUUAUACAGGAGUCAUACUUGCUCCAUUUAUUACCCUUAUUGGUUUAUAUUGGUAACUGAUAUUACGAUUCCGAAUACUGUCCAAAGCAUGAUGAAUUUAAAAAAUAUAACUAUAUUAUGUACAAAGCGUAACAAUUACAUUGCAGAGUUUUACUUUAAUAGUUAUAAGUAAAUAUAUUUUGAUUUUAUAAUUAUGUUGAGUGUAUGUAAUGUUAAUUAAUAAUAAA